CAUGUUUUCUUAGUUCGUUGAUGGCCACGAAUGAUGUGGAGGUUGUUGUAUGGCCUUUGGCCGCUCACCAGCAGUGCGCAUUGGAUGUGCGCCAGUCAGAGGGGAAACACCUGUGUGGUGGAAUCAAACAACGGUCAACCCAAGAACAAUCCCAUCAGAUACCAAGGCAAUGUUGAGUUCAAGGGUGCCGUGUGGCAAUGCAACAUGCGCAACCUUGCAGCUUUGGAAACUCUGAAGUUUGAGUUCAUCGUUACAGGCAAAAUCAGCUUUUUGGAAGGGUCAUUGUUGCACUGUGCCACCGUGACGAUCCAAGCGCAAACAGUGGUUAUUUCUGAUACAUCCGAGAUCAGUGCCAAUGGCACUUCCCAUGUACAAGAUGCCAAUUUAGAAGGUGAAAAAUGGGGUUCGGCUGCCCAAAGAGGAGCUUCGCAUGGUGGUUUGGGAGGUACUGCCAGUGGUUGUACAGAUGAUGCACAGCUGAGCCGGCGCCUGUCGUUGGUUCAUGGGGACCCCUUCGCUCCCUGGCAGUUUGGCCGGGCAGGAGGUUCCCAGAAGCGCGGCGCCGGUGGCGGACGCGUGAAGAUAGUGGCAACGACCAUCCAACUCAAUGGCACGCUGUCAGCCUCAGGGACUGCCCCGGAUGAUGCGGAUGAAGAGGGCGGGUCAUGCGGUUCUGGAGGGUCCAUUUGGAUUGACAGUCCAAACAUCAUCCAACCAGUCUCCAACCCCCAGUCCUCCAUUGACAACAGCGGUGAGGUCGAUUUCGUGGAGGAUUUGGGCCCGAGCGCCUCAACGGUGCAGAAGGGCCGGAUCUUGGCCCUUGGAGGAUGUUGUCGCAACUGCCUGUGUGGCGGUGGUGGUCGCGUCAUGACUGAAGUCGCUUCUGGCUCAGUCCCCAGAAACGUCAUCAUUUCAGGAGGCUGCUUUCGUGAUGUGCUGAAGAUGGAUGGUGAGGGAUGCCGCUGCGGAUCUGCUGGCACCUGGGUGGUGACGCCCUCUAUAGGCCGACGUCGACGCAUGAGUCCUGCACCUGCCAGGCAUCGUUGGCUCCGACGUUUCCAUUGGCCAAAGCUUUGGGGAAAGACGGCACGACCUGCCCCGCAGCCCAUGUCCAGCACGGUGACACUGCGCGUGGACAACUCCUUCGCUGUCAGCUUGGCGGGAGCCAAACUACCCCAACCCACGCCGUUGCCGCACUUCAACUUCCCAGUGGCGUUACAAGUGAAUGACGCUUUGGUGGUGCCAUCGGACCAGGAUGCCAGCUGGUUGCUGUCGGGUCUCACUAUGUUGUCAGAUCAGACGGGCUCCACGCUGAAACACUUCGGGGCUGGGCCUUUGCUCCUGAAUUUCACAAAAGACAAUGAUGGACUGGAACUGGCUUUCUCCUCCAUUUUGCAGGCCCGCGAACUGCAAAUUUUGCAUGCGCGGCACAUCACCCUGCGGCAGAAUGCCGCCAUCGAUGCCAAUGUGGCGAGUCUGGUUGCGGACGAGAUCCAUGCGCAUCAGGGGGCGCUGGGUCAGGGCGAAGGUUUCUUCAAGAUGCAGGCCAAGAAGGUGAUCUUGGGCAGCGGACGCUUGCGGGCUGGCUCCAUCAUUGCUGAGGAGGAUCUGGUGAUCAAGCGUGGGAGCCGCCUUCAGUCCAGCCAACGUCGUUGCGACCAACUUCCAGUACGCUUGAUGAGUCCUUGUGAUGGUUUCCUUUCGACGAUGGAUCCUUCCAACCAAAGCUGGUUUGAGAACGUGAGCUUCGACAUCAUGCUUGCCAGCAGGAAUGGCAGCAUCGUCGUGGAGGAUGAAGCCGAAAUCUACGCUGGAUCCUUUCUCCUGUGCAGCAAGGAGAAUAUCACAGUGCGCGGCUUAGUCAGUGCCAAAGGCCUCGGCUGUGCGCCCAACCGCGGUGAAGGACCUGGAACAUCGCCGCAGGUUCAGAGUAGCAACUCUCGAAGAGGAGGCAACGAACUGACCUGCGGCGGUGGAGGGGGUGGACACUGCGGCAACGGUGGCGAUGGCGUGCGGAACCGAUCCCAUGCGCGCUGCAUGGGGACUGGAGGUCUCAAGUACGAUGGCUGGUGGACCUCCGAAACGUUUGGGAGCGCCAAACCUUCCAAAGUACCCACCUGGUCAGCCAGCGGUGGAGGAGGAGAUUCUGCGGGUGCCGGCGGUGGCAUCAUCUGGAUUGAAACGGCGGCGUUGCACAUGCCAUCCAACAGCACGGGCAUUUCAGCCAGCGGCGAGGAUGCGACGGCCAGAGUCGAUGGUGGUGAUGGUUCUGGUGGCGGUGCUGGUGGAACCGUUAUCAUCAAUGUGACCAAAGUGAACGGCAGUUCUGACAUUGAGGCUGUAGGAGGAAGGGGCGGCGGUUGCAUAGGCGGAGGAGGCGGUGGUGGGGCCAUUGGAAGUGCUGGCCCCAACGCUUCAGAGGUUUGGGCCGACUACACCGGAAGCCUGGUGGUGCGAGGAGGAGGAGGUGAUAGUUCAGUGGCCUGCAGAGGCUUCACGGGGGAACGAGGAUGCAGCGGCGAAUUGCUGCAGCUGGGUGUUUGCGACCCAGGGCAUGCAGGGAUCUUUUGCGCGGAAUGUCCUGCGGGCACCUACAAUCCGCCUGAAGCUCCAUUGAACAUCACCGCCUCGUUUCGAGUCUGCUUGCCGUGCAAGAACAAACCAGCUCAGGGCUACUACACAGCCACUGGCUGGCUCAACGAAUCCUGCCCCUACGCCUGUCCUUCCGGUUUUCCCCCUAUGGAAGUGAACCCCGACUGUGAUGACCCCUGGAGCUACUACUUUGCUUUCUUUGGAGGGGUCUGGGGCGUUGCCUUGUUAGCCCUCCUCUCCGCCAUCUUCUUCGGGCUGUUGAUCGGCGCCAAGCGUGUGCAGACGCGGCGACGCCUGCAGUGGCUGCAGAAGCAGCGCAACACCGGACACCGCUAUGUGGGCAUGAACGACGAAGAGAUGCUGCUCUUUGAGUCGCUACGGGGCAGGCAUCCCUUGGCUGAUAUUGAUGUGGGUGUCGCAGAGGGCACCGUGGGGGAUUUUGUGAGUGCUGUGCACAGCCUGCGCAGCCGCACCGUGGGUGAGUCGCGGCCGCGCUGGCUGAUGGGCUACGUCAGCAGCUGUUGGAGUCGAUGGAGAUCACGGCGGAAAAGUGGGAAGAAGGAGGCACACCUCCUGCACAUUGGCGACUUGCCGUACCACACGGCACGGAUCUACAUCUUCGGUGAGAAUGUUCCAAGAGAUCCCUGGCGCCUGUCGCUUCAAGUGCCCGAAGAGCUGCGGCAGUACAUUGAUGAGCGACGCUGGACCAACUUCGCCGAAGAAGUGAACAGUCGCUGUGGCAAGAGGAUGCGAUUUCAGCUGGUUGCAGAAGGAGUUUUGAGAUGGCUCUACCUGCCUGUGGCUGAGUACAUCCGCUGGCGGCUGCGCUUCUCGCGCGCAGCCGAGGUCGCGGCCUUCGUCUGGUCGCGAAGUGAAGACUCCCGACCGGAACAGACCAUCUGGCGCCUGGGCCUGGACAAUUACAGCCGCUUCGGCCUGAAGUUUGGCACUGAUCGUGAGAUGACCUUGGCAUAUGUCGACAUCCUCGACUAUUGCAAGGCUCCAGAGAACUGGGUCAUCAAACCUCAACUUCCGAUGCUCAUCGCCAUGGCGGGAGAUGGGGAGUACACUGCUCCGUACCACCUCGACUAUGCAGACCCCUUUGUGCAGUCCGUGGCGCAAUAUUUGGGCCGGCGGACCUGGCAUCAGGUGCUGCUUCCCUUCAACUUGCUGGCCCGGCUGCUUCCUCCCAACCCAACGGAGGAGGACAUGAAGCCUCUGCGGCGCUCCAUGCAACGUGUGUCCAACAGGAUCUUGCGACAGACUGAUAUCGAGUGUCACGCUGUCCUCUUCGAAGUUCAGGUUCCAAAGACGAACUUCCCGCGCAGAAGGACUGCUGAAGUCACACCACGACAAGGUCGGCAGGCUUCCUGGGACAUCCAGAUCAGCCAUGUGGAACAACCAGAGGUCAUUGCAGGCCGCUCCGGCUGGAACAGCUCCGAACGGACGCCUACGGGGAGUCUGACGCCGGUGAUGUCCGUGGAGCACGUGCUGCGACGCCGCUUGGCGUUGGUGCUAACCCAGAGGGGUGCCAACUGGAACUCCUCCAGGACAGCACUUCAUGAGCGGCUGAGUCGUGUCAUUCCCUCUCCACUGGGAGGUUUGGUCUACCCCACCGACUUCCUGCACCUGGCGCAGUACUCACCGGCCAUCUGCCCGUCCCCCCUGCCGGACUUCCACGCGUUCCCGGAGCUGCCUGAACUGGAUCGUCCAGAUGCCUACCAGGACUUCGAUAGCCUUCUGAGGCAAAGAAGUGCCGGACGCUUUGGAAAUAGCACGCUGAGCGCUGCCUUUCGCGAUUGCGGAUGGGCCGAGAGCUAUAGCGAGCCGCUGUCGCCGCAAGUCUCCACCUACACCUUGCCACUAGAUCAAUCCCCUCCGUCAAGACAUCGGCUCGCGCGCUGGCGCCGGAUCAAUGGACCUCGAAGUGCAUUCGAUGCGAUGUCGGAAGUCAUUGGAGAAAGCUUCGUGCGCAUCAUCCAGCGCUUGGAGGACAGCCUGCACUUUUUAGCGGCGCCCGGAAAUCAUAUCUACAGCUGGUAUCUCAGAAGACUGCGUGCCAUCCGUGCCAUUGGUGGUGUGGGCCGACAGACCGGACUGUACCUCAGACAUCGGAAGCCGCGCGGAUCGCAGGAGUCCACGCUGCUGUGUUUGAUGAUGACGGUGGUGGUCGCCACCCUGGGCUUCAUCGCGCAAUCCGCCAUACUCUUCAGGUUGCAGCCGCGCCACACCGCCUUCUUUGCCGCGUUGCUGCUCCCACCCUUCGCAGAUUUGUUGGCGUUGGUGAACACCACGCUGUUCCUCUGCGGUGCUGCGGACGGUACCACGGCGUGUCUCUUUGUGGUGGCCUCCAAUCUCAACUCGUUGAUCGGGCUGUUGUCUCGCUUGAUGGCUAUGGAGCGCUGGCGAUCUUUGGGGUUGUUCCAUGUUCUGGGGGAGUAUCUCAUGGUGUUUACGGUGAAGGUCUUCAUGUGCAGAUUGGUGAAUCUCACCAUUGCCUACUACGAGGCAGAACCAGCUCUCUUGGAGCCGGGUGGCAACGAUGCCGACCACGAAUGGGUCCGUGAUCAUGUGCUGUUCCGCCGGCCCACGGCCAGUCCGCCAAAGGAAGCGGCUGGCUCUGCGUCUGUAGUUUCUGGGCGACCGCAACCUCUGGAGGAGAUGUAUGUGGAACACAACGCCCAGAGCUGGUCAGUUCAGGGCUUGGACUCCUCUCGUGCACUCUCGGACAGAUUCGAGGAAGAUCAGGAAGGGGGUCGAUGCUUCGGGGCUUGCUGCUACAGGGGUCUUACGCGGGUGCUCGAACUUUUCAAUGGGAGAUGCCCGGCGAGCGCAUCACACCUUCAGAACAAGCGUCACCUGUCAAUGUUGAGGCUGAAAGGCAGCGACAGCGUGAGUGUUUCUGAUGGCUGGACGCCGCUUGUCCACAAAAUGAGUAAAUCAUCAUUUCAUAUCGAUAGAAUAGAGUCUCCAGACUUUUCCUAAACCUCCAGCUGCUGGCCCCCUCCUCUUGACUGGGCGUUC